AUGACAACAACCGAUCGAGAGAAUAGAAAUUAUUGUCGCAUUUGCCCCGAUCACACAAUGUGCUUAUUUCCUUCUGACUGCGAGAGCGUGGAUUGCAUCGAUAUGGUGAACAACGACCUCGAUGAGGAGGAUAUCGAGACCGUGCUCGACAGUCAUAAUCGUUAUCGUGCUGUCAUUGCGAACGGCAAGGAGAAUCGCGGAAAUCCCGGGCCGCAGCCCGCCGCAAGGACCAUGAUGGAAUUGAUCUGGGACGACGAACUUGCCGUUAUAGCUCGUCGAUGGGCGCUGCAGUGCAAGCUCUUCGAGAAGGAUCAGUGCCGAGACGUUGGCAAGUAA